AGCAACUGCCAAAAUGGCUCCCAACAUCUCAGGAUUUGAGCAGUGGUAUUAGCAACUUCACUAUAAACAUAAUGGUGACAACGACAGUAGUAGGAGGGUAAGGAGGCAAGCAGCAAGAGAGCGAACCAUGGAAAAUCACAAGACAGACCUCUGAAGGCUGUAUUUGAAUUGUUUGAGAGACAGAAUGCUGCUGGGGUGAAGGGAGCAGCCACGGCAAUAAUAACGCAAGCAAAUAAAUAGAAUUUUGUGGGUUUUUUUUAAAAAAAUAAUUUUAAAAUGAGAAAGAGAACAACUUCAAGCACACCUGCAUUUCCAACAAUUCCUCUGGGUGCCACAUGGACUCCAGAGGCAUCAAUAGAGAUUGUUGCUUAUUUCUGCUGAAAUCCAAACAACUCAUAUUAGCCUUAAAAUGGAUACAGUACUUUGCAUGAAGUACCUGAUGUUUUUCUUCUGUGUUCUGGUGUUUAUUGGGUCACUCUGCCUUAUUAUUGUGGCUAUCUGGGCAAUCAUUGACCCUAAAAGAAUUCUGGAUAUCCAUCCCAACUAUUUCUUAAAUAUAGCAGCUUCUAUCAUCCUCCUUAUGGGGCUACUGCUUUCAUGGCUGAGCUAUCUGGGCAUAUAUGCAACUGUUGCUGAAGAUAUACAGCUGUUGAAGAAUUUCGUCAUACUGAUCCUGGUGAUCUCCAUUGUGAAGCUUCUGAUUAUUAUACUCCUUUAUUUCUUUGCAGCAAAGAUCCGUGACAAAUACCUUGUAAGUCAGCUGGAACAGAAGUAUCAUGGAGACGAUGGCUUUAAUGUAUACUCUAAAGCUUUAAAUGGCUUCAUGAUCAUGUUUCGGUGUUGUGGAAUUUUAGGACCUGGAGAUUUUAAAAAUGCUGAAUUGUUCAGAGAAAACCAGCCAGAUGACUUAUGGCCACAAGCUUGUUGUACUCGAGCCAAGUCCCCCGCACCUGAGGAGAUUCUGGAUGUGAAGCUCUGUCAGGAAGGAACAAUUGGAUAUGUCAAUAAUUUGGGCUGCUAUCGUAAAAUUUCAUAUUUCUUUUAUUGGUACACAUGGACUUUUGUGGGCUGUUGUUUAGGAGUAUUAGCUGCUGAGAUAUUUGUUAUGGCAACUGCAUGGUACCUGCAUCGCAAAUUAAAUGAUUGAUCUACCUUGCUAAUUCAGGAGAAAAGUAAACAUACAAUAUUGGGAAAUUUUAUUGGUAUCUCAUGUUUCAGUUUAAAA